AUGCGGCCUGCUACAAUUCUGGGACUCCCAUCGUCCCUAUUACUGCUGGUCGCAGCCCAAGUCGAAGCCCAGGAGGCACAGCGCAACCCCACGGCCAUCCGCAAAAUGCCCCUUGAUUCUUCGGAGAAGCUCUUUCCCGAAUACCUGUCCUUCUCAAACGACCAAGAGGACGCUUACAGAGCGUCGCCGUUUCUCUCCCCGCGCGAGGCCGUUCUAGCUGCCCGGUUGCAGCUGUCCGUUGAGGAAGAGAGUUCGCUAGCAGCCAACGUCAGCACCACGUGGCCAGGCGGUAGGCGGUACCGGCCGGCUUUCCAGUUGCACCAACGAGGAAAUAGCUGGAAUGGUGUAGGCGACGGAGCCGGAUGGGAGCUCCUCAGGAGGGCGAGGGAGUCGUUGAAUGCGUUGGAGGGCAGGCAUACAUGUCCCGAGGGGAUGAAAAACUGCGGCGACAUCGGGGAGCCCAAUAAGUGUUGCAUGAGCGGCGAGAACUGCGUCGAGGUGGAAGAUCCGAGCGUCGGAAACGUUGCAUGUUGUCCCCAAGGUGCAGAGUGCGGAGGACCUGUUGGAUCGUGCCCGGAUGGCUCGCCGAGCUGCUCGACGGAGCUCGGGGGAGGGUGCUGUAUCCCGGGAUUUGUGUGUCGGGGUGUGGGAUGCGUCCCGAGCCCUCCUGCUGUCCCUUCAUCAACAUCAACAUCAACAUCAACAACAUCUCAGUCCGUCACGACCGUGACACGCACGUCGACGACAACUGCGGACGGCGGCGGGCUCUCGACGGUCGUUGUUACCGUUAUUGUCACGGAAAGCAACGAGCCAAGCCCCGUGACGAGCACUAGGACAAGUACGGUCACUCCUUCCACUUCCAACUCCGCGGCCAUCCCUCCUUUCCGACCGACCUCUACAGAGAGUGAAACUACAGAAACAACUACGGCGGGGACGCCGGGCGACUACUGCCCAACAGGCUUCUACGCCUGCCUGGCUCGCGACGGCGGUGGGUGCUGUCGUACAGGUCGAGAUUGCGGGACAACCGACUGCCCGUCCACACCGUUAACGACCAUCGUGACGGACGGUGCAACCGUGGUGGUGCCAAUAACGGACGUGCCUACCGGGUCCGAGCAGACGACGGAGUCAUGCGCGAGUGGGUGGUUUCUCUGCGGUCAGGAUGCUGGUCCUGUGGCAGGUUGCUGCCCGAGCGGGUACAGUUGCGGGACAGCGAGUUGCUCGACAGUCAUCGGGAGCCAGACAGCCGAGGUCCAGAAGCAGUUUCCUGAUUCGGGAGCGGCCAGGUGGAGUUUCGGUGGUUGGGCCAUUGGCAUGACAGUUAUGGCAGGAGCUAUCGGCGGUGGCUUCAUUGUGGCAUAA